AUGUCUGCUGCCAGAGUUUCGGCUUUUCUGCGGAGCCUAUUGCGCCGAAAGCCCCUGGAGCCAGAGGGGGAGGUGUCCAGCUUCCGCCGCUGUCUGUCCACCGUGGACCUGGUGGCUCUGGGAGUUGGCAGCACCCUGGGAGCUGGAGUGUAUGUGCUGUCCGGAGAGGUCGCCAGGACUGUGUCCGGCCCCAGCAUAAUUGUCUCUUUCUUCAUUGCUGCAAUGGCCUCCAUCUUCGCCGGACUGUGCUAUGCAGAGUUUGGUGCUCGGGUCCCAAAGACAGGCUCUGCUUACCUGUACAGCUAUGUGACUGUGGGGGAGGUGUGGGCCUUCAUCACUGGAUGGAAUUUACUGCUGUCUUAUGUCAUAGGUACCUCAAGUGUAGCCAGGGCAUGGAGUGGCACUUUUGAUGACCUUAUUGGAAACACUAUCGCCAACACUUUGGGAAAAUAUGCACCAAUGGGUCUGCCUGGCUUGGCUCCCUUCCCAGAUUUCUUUGCAGCAGGUCUUAUCAUGUUACUAGCUGGUAUCCUUGCAUUUGGUGUCAAAGAGUCUUCAACUGUCAAUAAGAUCUUCACUGGCAUUAACAUAGCAGUGCUGUUCUUCAUCAUAAUUUCUGGCUUCAUCAAAGGAGACAUUAACAACUGGCAUAUCAGUGUGGACACUAUCCUGAACACUACAUUACACAUGCACAAUCUGUCCUCUACUGUGAAUGUGACAAAUGAUUUUGGAGUUGGUGGAUUCUUCCCUUUUGGAGUUGAAGGGACACUGGCAGGAGCUGCAACCUGCUUCUAUGCAUUUGUUGGAUUUGACUGCAUUGCUACCACAGGGGAAGAGGUGAAGGACCCUCAGCGGUCCAUCCCACUGGGCAUUGUCUCUUCACUGCUCAUCUGCUUCCUUGCCUACUUUGGGGUUUCUGCUGCCCUGACACUCUUAAUGCCCUACUACCUAUUGAGCAUUCAUAGCCCCCUGCCAGUCGCCUUCACUUACAUUGGUUGGGCUGCGGCAAAGUAUGUGGUUGCUGUUGGUUCCCUUUGUGCACUCUCUACUAGUCUCCUGGGCUCCAUGUUUCCAAUGCCCAGAGUGCUCUUUGCCAUGGCCAGGGAUGGGCUCCUUUUCAAACCCUUGAGUAACAUCAGUUCUCGGCAGAGUCCAGUUGUGGCUACACUUUCAUCUGGCAUUGUGGCAGCUAUCAUGGCUCUUUUGUUUGACCUGAAGGCACUGGUUGAUAUGAUGUCAAUUGGAACGCUCUUCGCCUACACUCUUGUUGCUGUGUGUAUUCUCAUACUUAGGUACCAAGAUGAUUGCACUGAAGACUCCAAUAAUAUCCAAAAAACAGAAACAAGCUCAAAGUUGAGCUUUUUAUAUCCUCCUUCACACCCAACUUCUGAAACUUCAAAAAAUGUGUCAACGUGCACAAUGGUUAUUAUUAUACUCAUUAUCAUCUUGAGCCUAUUUUUGAGUAAGGCUACAAAACUCCUGCUGUACCAAGAAGUGUGGAGUCUUCUUUGUGUCUCAGUCAUCCUUCUUAUCCUGGUUCUUAAUGUUAUUAUUAUAUGGAGACAGCCUCAGAGUCCCACCAAAGCUGCUUUUAUGGUGCCCUUUUUGCCAGUACUCCCCAUACUGAGUGUUUUUAUCAACGUCUGCCUCAUGAUCCAGUUGGGUACAGACACGUGGAUUCGAUAUGCUGUCUGGAUGGCAGUGGGACUGCUCAUCUACUUUGGUUAUGGUGUUCACCACAGUGUGCAGAAACAACGGCUUCUCAAUGCAAGCACUCAAGUCAAUAUUCAAACCAUUGAGACCAAAGCAGAAGGGGAUGGAGUGAAAAGAGAAAGAUCCUGAGCCCAAAGGGAAAAUUCUCAUUUCAUCAUCUACAUUUUCAACAGUUGAAUGCAAGAAACCUAUUGAGAAACCUGUAGUGCUCCUCAUCAGAAGGAAUUAACAGUUUUGAAAGUCAAUAUUCGGAAUAGAUUGAAAAAAAAAAAAAUUGAAUGCGUUUAGAAUUUUGUACUAAGUAGUAUAUAUUGUAUACUCUACCAGCAAAAUAUGAAAUUCAUGAAAUGUUCCAUGUAAGAUGAAAUCAUAAAUACAUAUACAUAUACUUACCUCUGAGCACUUAUUUGCAGAAGUACAAUUACAUUCUCAUAGGUAUAUACUUUACUGCAGUUUCAAAAUCAAAUGUCUACUGGGGGUGCCAAAGGGAAGCUUAGACCUUAAAUUACUGGAGAAGAGACACGUUUGCUUGGGGGACAGGUUUAACCACUCCGCUGGUUUAGUGUAGUGGUUCAAUCUGGUGGUUAGCAUGUCAGCUUCUCCCAUUUCUGAUUCAUACAAUUUAUACAAUGAGAGACUGCUUGGUGUAAAUACACUGAACAAUAUUAAAUUUAAACUGACCACGAAGGAGGGUAAAGGCAAUCUUAAUUUCCAUUUUAAAAAAUGUAAGGAAUUAAAAAAUCCUUGUAAUUUUCCAUUCCUUAAAGUCUGAACAUCUUCACCACCUCUAGUCGACAUUUUAUUUCAAAACAGCAGCAAAGUGUACCUGUGAGAACGUUCUGCAAAUAAGUGCUCAGAGGUAUGUAUAUGACAUGAGACUGGGCUGGUUAAUGUAAACUUACAGAAUGUGUACACAUAUCUUUACAAGUAUAUUACAACUCAAA